CGGCGAUCCACCACGCCCACCAACACCUCUCUCGCCAACACGAGAUAUAUAUACUCCGUGUAUAGCAAACGGCGGCAGGAGCUCAAGUGCAAGUGGAACACGACCAACGUAGCCACUCCACCAGUUCCAGCAACAGCUUCCGCGCGCGCCACCGUACCGGUCCGAGCAAGCCAUGGGGUCGUUGCCGCCGGCGGACGGGGAGGGGCGCCAGCUCCAGCCGCCCCACGCGGUGAUGAUCCCGUACCCGGCGCAGGGCCACGUGACGCCGAUGCUGCAGCUGGCCAAGCUCCUCCACGCGCGGGGCUUCCACGUCACCUUCGUCAACAACGAGUUCAACCACCGCCGCCACCUGCGCGCGCGGGGUCCGGGCGCGCUCGACGGCGCGCCGGGGUUCCGCUUCGCCGCCAUCGACGACGGCCUCCCGCCCUGCGACGCCGACGCCACCCAGGACGUCCCGGCGCUCUGCCACUCCACCAUGACCACCUGCUUCCCGCGGUUCAAGGACCUCGUCGCCAGGCUCAACGACGAGGCCGAGCGCGACGGCCGCCCCGCCGUCACCUGCGUCGUCGCCGACAGCACCAUGACGUUCGCGCUCCGCGCCGCGCGGGAGCUGGGGCUCCGCUGCGCCACGCUCUGGACCGCCAGCGCCUGCGGCUUCAUCACCUACUACCACUACCGCCAUCUCGUCGACCGCGGCCUCGUCCCGCUCCGGGACGAGGCCCAGUUAACCGACGGCUACCUCGACACCGUCAUCGACUGGGUCCCCGCCGCGCCGGCCGACCUGCGCCUCCGCGACUUCCCAAGCUUCGUCCGCACCACCGACCCGGACGACGUCAUGCUCAACUUCUUCAUCCACGAGACCGCCGGCAUGUCGCAGGCGUCGGCGGUGGUCAUCAACACCUUCGACGAGCUCGACGCGCCGCUGCUUGACGCCAUGUCAAAACUCCUCCCGCCCGUCUACACCGUGGGCCCGCUCCCGCUUGCAGCGCGGAACACCGUGCCACGGGACAGCCCCGUCGCCGCCAUGGGCUCCAACCUGUGGAAGGAGCAGGACGCGCCGCUCCGGUGGCUCGACGGCCGCCCGCCGCGCUCCGUCGUGUACGUCAACUUCGGGAGCAUCACGGUGAUGUCCGCCGAGCAGCUGGCGGAGUUCGCGUGGGGCCUCGCCAACACCGGCUAUGCCUUCCUCUGGAACGUGCGCCCGGACCUCGUCAAGGGCGGCGGCGACUCCGGCGGCGCCGGGCUGCCGGCGGGGUUCGCGGCGGCGACGGAGGGCCGGAGCAUGCUGUCGACGUGGUGCCCGCAGGCGGCGGUGCUGGAGCACGAGGCGGUGGGGGUGUUCCUGACGCACUCGGGGUGGAACUCCACGCUGGAGAGCAUCUGCGGCGGCGUGCCCAUGGUGUGCUGGCCAUUCUUCGCGGAGCAGCAGACCAACUGCCGGUUCAAGCGCACCGAGUGGGGCAUCGGGAUGGAGAUCGGCGACGACGUCAGGCGCGGCGAGGUGGAGGCGCUCAUACGGGAGGCCAUGGAGGGGGAGAAGGGGAAGGAGAUGCACCGCCGCGUGACGGAGCUCAGGGAGAGCGCCGUGGCCGCGGCGAGGCCGGGCGGAAGGUCCAUCCGCAACCUGGACAGGCUCAUCGACGAGGUGCUCGCUCCUGGCUUGAACACCCAACACUAGCUAAACGUCGCCCUGUCUUGAUGGCCUCUUGUUGCUUGGCGGCUGGCGCUGGCAAGAUAUCAAAUCUUUGUGAUUUGAAUUGGAUAUAUAGCGCUUUUGAUCAUUACAAUAUGUACUGAAGACGAGAUUUGUGGUGUAUACAUCCCUUGGAUGCAGUUCGAGUGAUGAUGUAAAAGCACUUCAGUUAAGUUUGGGUUCUUUUGGGCUCAAAGUUACCGAGUUAAUGUGCUUGUGCUGUUAAUGCAAAUAUCUCUAGUUUAUUGUAUAAUAAUUGUAUAAUAAAAAGAAAGUGUUUUGCAUCA